UUUUCUUUCCCUCUUUUUUACUGUUGUUGUCUCUUUAAACCCUCACUUCAUUCUCAUCCCAAUUCUCAUCACCUUCACCCCUUCGACUCCUUCCCCAUCAAACCCCUAAAACCUCCAAAAUCAAUUAUUCAAUUGAUUGCACAAUUCAAGAAUCCUUUUUUAGCUGGACAGAAAGAGAUCGCAUCAUGCAGCGGAAGACGCCUCUUUCGACUUCUAGAAAGCAGUUGCCUUUCACUUCCAUGAAGUCGCCUUUUGGUGGUGGAGGAGGAGGCGACUACCACCACUUUGCUAGUGGUGACCCUGAUCAAGAAUUUUCUGAGGCCGUUGUUGUCAACAAGCGCCCUCGGAAAACUGGAGUAGCAGAACCUGAAGUGGAACCUGCUGACAAUAAUGCAGGUCCUGGCAAUGUUAAUGCCCCGAAAGGUCCCUUUCAGACACCACCACCUACAAAAUCAGGAAAACAAAAGGUUUCAAGGACAAAGGCCAAUAGGGCCGGAUCUCUAGCCCCCAUGCCAAAUGUUGGGUCUCCUAGUGGCAAUAAUCUCACCCCUGUUGGUCCUUGUCGUUAUGAUAGCUCACUAGGUCUCUUGACAAAAAAGUUCAUCAAUCUAAUCAAACAUGCAAAAGAUGGUGUUCUAGAUUUGAAUAAAGCUGCAGAUACUUUAGAGGUACAGAAGAGGCGUAUAUAUGAUAUUACUAAUGUACUUGAAGGCAUUGGCCUUGUAGAAAAGAAUCUCAAGAACAGAAUCCAGUGGAAGGGUUUAGAUGUAGCUAGACCAGGGGAAGCUGAUGAGAGUGCACCUGCUCUACAGGAAGAGCUUGAAAAUCUAAACAUCGAGGAGUCCCGAUUAGAUGACUGCAUAAGAGAAAUGCAAGAAACGUUGAGGGGCAUGAUUGAAGACAAAGGCAAUGAAAGGUGGCUUUUUGUCACAGAAGAUGAUAUAAAAUGCUUACCCUGCUUCAAGAACGAAACUCUUAUAGCAAUCAAAGCUCCUCAUGGAACUACUCUAGAAGUUCCAGAUCCUGAUGAGGCAGUUGAUUAUCCACAGAGAAGGUACAGAAUAGUUCUUCGGAGCACAAUGGCGCCUAUCGAUGUUUACCUUGUCAGGUAC